AUGAGCGUUCCCGCGCCAUCCCCAUCGCCCCUCCCGCCAAAGAGCAUCCCUCGGGCGCGUCCGACGCCCAUUGCCGGCGCCGCCGCCGCAGCAGCAGCGGGAGCGAGCCCCGCGUACGCGUCUCCAUCCGGGUCGAGCCUGCGCACCGGCCGCUCGUAUGCGCGCUCCGUCGGCUUUGACACGGCCAACGGCGCAGCUCACAGCGCCGCAGACGACAGCAGCAGCUGGCGCGCCCGGACAGCCGGCGAGGCCGGGUCCGUGCCUCGCUCCCUCGCGGCCGACGGCGCUGCCUCGUCCUCGGCCGUGACGGGCAGCAGCCCCGCCCGCGCCCCCGAACGCACCGUUGGCGGCUUUGAGAAGAGAGAGAUUCGUGCCGGCGGUGGCCAGAGCGCGCUCUCGGGCGCCAAAGACAAGGGCGAGGUCAAGUCUGCUGCCCUCAGCCACGUCCCAUGCCGUUUCUUCAAGGCCGGAGCCUGUACCGCUGGCUCGAGCUGCCCGUUUUCCCAUGAGCUGGGCGGAAAGAAGGAGAUUUGUCAGUGGUUCCUCAAGGGCGACUGCAAGUUUGGGCACAAAUGUGCGCUUGCCCACGUCCGCCCGGGUGAGCCCAUGUCAAUGGACCGCAAGAACAAGAAGGAUCAGCAGCGCGAAGCCCGCGAGCGCAACGAUUCCAAGGGAGAAGCCAGCAGCCUAGGCCGUAGCCUUGGUGACGAAUUGGGCACCUCGCCGGCCACUUCGCGUGCAGAACCAUCGCCUAUUCCUGCUGGUCGCGACAUUGCGCACCCCGUUCCCAUCAAGUCGUCCAUCUCGGCCUCGCUCCACUCGGGCUCGAUCCACUCACCCAGCCGCUUCGCAUCGUCACCUUUAAGGGAGCCAUACGGGCCCCCAGCCGCAGUUGUCGCCGGCUCCCCUUCGGCCGGCUUCAACCAGACUCGCCCCCUGAGCGGCGCGGCUGGCUUUGCUUCUUCGCCCGGACGCCCUUCGCCCCUGUCGGCUUCGUUCAACGCGCGCGGUUCGGCGGCCACUGGCGUCUCGCUUAAGGGCAGCUCGGUCGUGUCGAUCCACUCGCCGCUCCGUCCCCCCGGCAACUCGGCCGUCUUCUCGAGCUCGUUCUCGCACGCGUCCCUUACUCCCGAUAAGGGCGGCUCGCAGCUGUCGGCCUCGUUUGCCGACAGCACAUUGCGUCGCAGCAUCUGGGCACGGUCCGAGACUCCCGACGAGCCGCUCAGCCCCGCACGCCGACCUAUCCCCACGCCGUCUCGCGCGAUUGACGACGUGUUUGACGAGGACGACGGCCACGGCGAGGACUUGAUCCCCUCGAGCCUCAGCGACCUGCUUACCCCGACCGAGCGCGCCCGACGCAUGUCCCGCAACGACAGCCACGACUCGGCGUACGUUGGCUCGCCUGGCCGCAACUCGCUUCUCAACCCUCACCAGUUUGUGGGCGCCGAGCGUUUGGCCCAGUCAGCGGGUGCCGCCCUUCCCCCAGGCGACUUCUUACAGGCGUUAUGGAGCCAGGACGGCCAGGAUGCGCGCAGAACCUCGGUGGCCACUGGCACGUCGCCCAAGCCCGAGCUCACCUUCACUUCGGCCCAGCCCGCGACUCCCGUCCUCCGCCAGUCGCUCCUGUCACAGCAGCGCAGCCCCAACUCGUCUCGCUCGUCGCCUUCGAGCCAGCAGGUGCCAUCAUCAGCUGCGAUUCGGGGGCCUGCCGCUCCGGCUGUGGACGCGCCGUACCUAAUGCGCGAGCGUGUCGACCCGUCGAGCCCCACUGCUCGCGCCCUCCAGGAGCACGCCCCGGGCCAGUCACUCCCUGGUGGACUGGCUGCUGCGCUGAGCCGCAUGCACAUGCAGCCCGGUGGCCGGGCCCCGUCUGGCCUCGGCGGGCGCACCCCCGAAACCUUUGCCAACACGCCCAACACUGGCAGCGUCGCCACGCCCCCCGGCCUGUCGGUUCCUCUGCCUGCUGCUGCUCGCCGCGACGAGCACGACGACGACGCGCUGUUCCACAUGGACGGCUAGGAGACCAUCAUCCCACACCAUCAUCGUUCCGCUUCGACUCUGGACUGAGCAUUAGAAGUGUACCAUGGCGACCCGACCCCACCGCGUUUCCUUCUUCCGUGUAACAAGACUACAAGACAAAAGAGUGACAAGAUGACCAAAAGAAGAAGUACGGAUCUUACUCCAACUACUACUCGCCCCCUCCAAAACCCAAAAACUGGCACAAACGGUAGAUUAACCUAGACCGGACGCCUCUUGAUAUGCAC